ACAAGAUAUAAUUCUCAUGCCAGCAGCCACGCCUGUUUAGAUUAUUAUGUAAGCACCCGUUCCACGAACCGACCCGACGCGGCAUCGAGAAAGCGUUGCAGAAACGUUGUUUGCCUCCAUAUUGGCUGUGACUUGAUCUCGUUUAAUUCCUGCCAUGUCCGCGUUUGCAAAAACAUUGUCUCCCGCUCUCCGCGAAAUCCGCAUCUUUUGCUGCCAGUCAAGCCAAGCUUCGGCGGGCACCCGGCAAUUUAUCUUGUCCACAUACCCAGUCAUCAAGAAACAUAACCCAGACCUCCCCGUUAUGAUACGGGAGGCAAACGGCACACCUGCGCGGAUGUUUGCACGUUUUGAACGUGGAGUUGAGAAACACGUUGAGCUGGACGAUCUCUCAUCAUCAGAUGUGGCUGCUAGUGUUGCACGGAUAUUGAGCACCUCAUAGUCACUAUGGUUUAACCGCCCCAGCGUUGUAUUCAAUUCAAACAUUUUCCUUGCC